CAAAACCCAAAAGUACUGGUACCUCGGGGUACGAGUAUGAAUCGGCCAUAACAGGUCAGCAGGCAUGGACAUACCUCAGGUGGUCGGUGGACCGUCCAUGGGUGCUCUUCCGAAAGGACUACUCGACUUCUCCCCAAGAAUAGACAGCGAAUCACCCUCUCAGCAGGAAGGUACAGAAUGGGCAGCAAUGGUGGUCAACGAGACUGGAUCAGCUCAACGUUUACAAUACAACCUCAUGAGCUCACAGACCAUACGCAUGCCCUCGUUAGCUGCCAACUUCGUGUCUGGUAUACUGAAGCGACGACAGGCUCUACUGGAAGGUGCGAUACCUACCUCAUUUCGUCCCCCACCGCGGAUAUCCAUGGUAGAUCAGCGAAGAGAAAAUUGGUUCCAGGCAUUGGCGAACCCAAAUAUACCCCUGGAAAAGCUAUCGAGUUCAGUACCCGUGGGUCUCCGCGGACGACCACUAUUGGACCAAUGUGCGCAACGGAAAGUGGACCCACUGAGAGCGACGUGGCUUAUCCGGUGUAUUGGAUCGAAUGAACUUCGGAGUUUGCGACGGAAGGGGACGAUGGCUGCGGGUGCGGUGGGUGCUGAGCGGAAGUGGAUGACGGAGUGGACGUUACAGGUUGGUGCAUUCAUGGAUGCUACAGUAAGAGAAUGCGCGGCCGCUGUGGGUGAGGAGAAUGCUGGAGCUCAGGAGAGACUGAGGUAUAUGAUUGAUAUUGUGGACAAUCUUUACCACGAGAAGCUUGUCAAUCGGCAACAGUAUCUUGAUUUGAUUAUUGACCUGAUCAGCAAGAGCACGAUCGACAAAUUACCCUUACUGAACAUUCUCGCGUCACGUUAUCUGAGGGAUAUCUGUGCCUACAACACCCUGCUGGUGAAGUUUGCCCGGGUCUUACUUCGGAAAGCGGCGGAUACCGAGACCGUUCAUCCUCGAUCGAUCCAUACGUCGGUGUUGUCAAUGCUGCAGGCAGUCAACGACAAACACAGCGGCUGUCUCUCGAACGGAGAAUUAUCCGAAGACAUCACCCACCUUCUCGACAAGCACACCCAAUCCGCCACCGACUCCCUUCCAAUCGGCUGGACCCCAUCAGCCUCCAACAGUCCGCAAAGCCACUCCUCACCCUCCCCUCCCUUCCUCCCCCCAACCCGGCUUCACCUUUCCCACCGCGUCAACCUCCUCGACUCCAUCCUCCCCUCCAUCGACCUCGCAACCUACGCCCAAUCCUACUUCACCUCCCCCGGCUCCGGCUCCUCUUUUGAGCAGGUAUCAACCAUCUGCCAAUGGGCAAUCUCGAAAUAUAGGUUCGGGGUUCAUAGGAUUUAUGUGGCGAGUGGAUUGUUGAGUAUGGGUGCCAGCUUUUUUGGGGUGGGGGUUAGGGGAGAUGUGGAGGCUUUCCUCGAGAAACUCGGGAGCGAGUCGGGGCUGGAGUACGAGCUCGUACCAUUUCUACUGGGCGAGCUUGAACGUGUUGGCGUGUACAGCUACUCGCACUACCUGAGACGGAUGUUGUCUUUGGGAUUAUUGCGGAGGCAGGAGUUGGUGGGGUCAGGGUGGUGUCCGAGUAUGGUUCUGCAGGCGCCUAUACCGGUGAAUGCUCCUGGCUUACGACGGCAGCGGAAUGCAUCGCUCAUAACUGCGGGGAUCAGUGUUGAUGUGGAAGAACAACGACUGCGGUCUGUCAUGGCCGAGCUCAUCUCUUUGUUCUCCGUGCAGGGAGAAGAAUGCUUCACCUCGGACCUCCCCAUGGAGCUCAAAAAGCAGCUCCGUGGCCUCUGGCGAGAAUCGAAAAUGCAAGUCGCACAAACGGUAACUGCCCUGGCCUACGAAUCCUUCGAAAACCAAAUCGACUCAACUGACACCUCCGCCGCCAUUCGAACUCUAACCCUCGCCAUCAGAGUCCUCGAACUCAUGGACGAAUACCACGGUCUUUUCACAGCCCUGACAUCCGCAUACGACGUAUACAAAGGUCCAGAUUUCGCUGGUCUGGCGACGUUGACGUUUCGGCGGCAUUUGGCGAUUUGGUCGGCGAUGGGGAAGCUUGGGGAUGUGCAUAGAAGCAUACUCAAAGCGGUGGAGCAAUGGCCUCGGUCUGCGAGAAUGCUACGCGAGCUGCGGGAUUUUGCGGUUGAUGCCUGGGCGCCCAAAGACGUGCUGGACCGCAUCUCGGGCACAACGGUCACCAACGCACAGAACGAAGUUCAGCACCAUGAUAUAGAAGACAUCCUAUCCCGGGUCAUGCGAGUGAGCGACCUCAGUGCCGCCGAGGCGCUUGCUGGUGAUAUGAAAGGAGACCUAAACAUUGACACAACCAUAUUCCCACGCCUCUGCUCGGCCAUCUUCGACGGGUUGACGGACUUGACCGCAUCUGAAGAUCCUAAUCACGAGAUGCACGUGCGGUCACAAGCGCACAUACUUGUCUGUUGCUUGCGAGAAACUGACUCGCCUAGGCUUCAUCAGUACAUUUGUGACUGGGCGAGCGGUAUGCUUACGUUCGACGAGUCGGCGGCGACGAGUAUGCAAAGGUUCAUGGUGAGUCUCAGUUCACAUGGAUGUUUGCCUCUUCCUACUGCGACAGCCGCGUUGUCGAACUAUAUGCUACGCAAUACGAGCAUCACGGAUGACCAAAUCGUUAUCGCAAGCAUUGAGAAGAUCAUUUUCAUUUUGAAAGCGCUCUUCACUGACACGCCACAAGAUCUGUCGUUGUCGCUUGAAGAAUAUGUCUUCUUGCAACAUCAAAGAAGAACUCUGAGGCCUGACCUGGCAGACCAUGUUCUGCGAUUAUUACGCUGUCUCAUGAUUCUAUCGCAGAAAUUACGGGAUCCUGAUGGGCAGCAGAAUGUCCGCAACACCAUGGCCCUACCAAAGAUGCACUCGUUCAUUCGAGAAGCCUGUAUGCGGAAUCCAGCUAUAUGGCAAAGGGAGUUUCUGAAACCCCUCAUGAACUCGGCAGAGGCAGCAACAGUUGCACAGAUUAUGGACUUCGAACAGUUGGUAUUCGAAACGUCCGGAUCAUAUCUCCAGCCUCAGCCCAGAUUGCAGCAAAUCAUUGACUCUACAGCUUCUAUGUCCCUGCCAUUCUGCCAGGUGCAACUUCAAUCUUGCUUCGAGUAUGGCAGUAAAGUCGAAGAUAUGGUAGCAGUUUUGAAAUGGAUGAUUCAUUACGUGUUGUAUGAGGCUUCGAAUACAGACUUCUGUGGGGAACUAUUACGUUACCUGGAUUUGGUGUCCAAACGAAAGAUAUGUGAGUUCAUCGAGGAGGACUUUCUCAACAACGUAUCCGCAACCUUACAGGCUUCGACACAACACACGGAGGUAACGCUACGACGCCUCAAGGUCAUGACAACCUUAUACGCGAGUGUCGUUGAAUCUGCGCCUGCCCUUAAUUCAUUGCAAGUGCCUUUAUUAAAGACCGCGGAAGACCUUUGCGUGCAGUUUUUCCCGCAAGCAUGGGGGAAAGGUCAGGGCCCUGAACGAGUGUUCAUGCUCAGGUAUUCCGUCUGCCUACGGUCAUUCUUUACACAGACCCUAACCAGUUUCUUCGUAGCCUUGAGCUUUGCUUACGUAUGAUCAAAUCUGGGACCAGCUUUAGUCCUGAGAGCGU